AUGGAAACCCAAGACAGGGCCAACCGUCUCAUGGAGCUGCUCCAAAACUACACUCACUUUGGGUUCAUGGCGGUUAGCUUGGGGUAUUACGAAACCCUAAUGUCUUGCUCCGGCAGCAGCACCAGCAGCGAGUUGAAUGAACAAGAGAAAACCUUGGCCGGGAUUUCACCUGGAUUGAUUCGCAUGUCCAUUGGAUACAGCGGCGCACUGGAGCAAAAAUGGACUCAGCUAGAGAAGGCUCUCUCAAAACUCCAACUGCAUUAA